AUGGAUCAGCGCGGACCAGCUGCGGGGUACGCGACAGCCGGACCAAGCCCAGGCUGCGAGGUCACCUUCUCGGUCCGUGCCGAGACGAGCUUUGGAGACCGGAUCGUGCUUGUUGGAAGUGGAGAUGCACUGGGAAACUGGAAUCCCUGGGACGGCAGCAUUGAGCUCACAACAACGGAAAAGGAUUACCCGCUGUGGAAGUCCAUUCCGCUAAAGCUCGGAAGUAGUGGGGUAGAAUACAAAUACGUGCGCCUUAAGGGUGACGGGGAGGCAGUCUGGGAGUUUGAUGGGCACAAUCGUUGCGUGUCGCCGGACGCCCUGACGACUUCGUCUGUCGUGGACGACGGCGACUUUGGCGAAGCGUUGGAGGAGGCCUUUUGCUAUCCCAAGGCACUUGCAAACAAGGAAGAUCGAGGCGCCAGUUUCAAUCUGCCUGAUGGAAAUGGAAUGCAGCUUGUAGUAAUUGGCGAUGAUUCUGCCGUUGGACACGGAGCGAAAGGGUACAAUGGUUGGGCAGCACAGCUCGGCAAACUGUUGAAUCAACAGUAUGGCUAUGGCUAUUCCAAUGCUGCUCAAAUAGGAUCGUGUGUUCAGGAGACUUUGAAGAAGGGUCUCCUGAGCAUGCUGCCCAAUCCGACCCCACAGGUUGUAAUUUUCGGAUUCAGCAUGGAGCUACGAUGGCUUGCAACCUGCCCUGAAUGGGACAGAAAGACAAUCUACGACAACACCAUGAAGGCCUUUUCAGCUCUGGCAGCAGAUGCCUGGGACCUGGGCAUUAUGCCUGUCUUUGCUGGCCUCACUCCGAACUCCGGCUUCGAGAUGGAGCAGGCGAAGCUGCUUCGAGAUGCCGAUGGUGAAAUGAAGGGCAUGGGUGUUCCGGUGCUCGACUGGCUCCAUGCAAUCACCAAGGGCGGAGACAAGUUCGGGACUUGGACUGAGGGCUUGGCUCACAGUUCAAUGCACCCCAACACAUCCGGCCAUGAUAAAAUGUUCUCUGCCAUCGACAUCAAUAUCUUUGACCCCCAGAAGGUCACAGAACUUCUGCAGAAGCGCGCUGCUGAUCUGAAGGAUGUGACCAGAGAAUGCUUCAAUGAUGGCAGGUACGAGUUGAAUCCAGGUUGGGGAGACUUGCAAGCAAGCUUAUGUACAGCCUUCAGGGAAGCUCCGUGGUCGCUUCGGCGAGGUCUCUACUUGAGGCAUGGCGAUGAUGAGAAAAGCCUCUUCUCUGUCUACCUCGGAGAUUCUGGCAUGCUUCGGUCCGUGGGUCAGGUGCCUCCCCGCAGUGUGGCAAGGCUGCGGCACAUCGGGCGGAAUCUCGAGGGCCUGCCAACGACCAGCCAAGUCCUGUUUUGUGAUGAUAACCUCCAAGCUGUGAAGACAGAAUCCGGACGCCUGCAGCUCUUCAACCAGGCGGCGUGCGAGUACAAUGUGCAUCCGAUGUGGUAUGAUGUUCGCCAAGCGACAAAGAAGAUGGAUCAUGGAGUUUAUGAGGACCUUUCAGGACAGGCGUUUCGGACUGCGAUUAUCUCUUGCCAUGGCCUACAGUCACGGGUCAAGGUGCCAGCGAGAUCCGCAGUGGAACUGCGACGCGUUGGGGAUCUAAAGUCCAUCGAGCAGGUAGCUGUGCUUCCUCUCGGCGACCGCUGCUCCACACGCAUGCUCUUGCACAAAAUCGAGUUCGACGGUCCUUGCUAUCCCUUUGAUCUCACGAGAACCACCAGCCUCGGUGAUGUUGUGGACAUGGUGGCCACUGGCUUUGAAGAUAUGUGGAAUCCAGACCUUCUGUGCUAUGACGGUGAGCUUGGUCGUAUCUUCCAUCGCAAGUGGAGUGGCUUGUCCUUUGCUCACGAAGUGGAGUACGAGAACGGAGAGGAUCCGAUUGGAAACUUCGCACCCAUUGUAGAACGGAUGCGGAAACGAUACACUGGGAGAGCUGCUCGUUUCGACUGGGCCUGCAAGAAUGCUGAUCACGUCCUCUUUGUUCGGACUGGAGUUGCCUCGCGUGGGGAAGUAUGUAACUUGCAGUCGCGAAUGCAAGAAAGAUAUCCGGGUUUGAAGGCACGACUUCUGCUCAUCUCAGAGCAAGAGACCUCCGAAUUCAACGGGCUGAAAGACUUUGUCCAUGUCCGCGAGAGCUUCGAUCCUGACAGGAUGUAUGAAGACAUGAACUACUGGAUAAACUGUGCUCAUCGCUUCAGGGGCAUUUUGGAGUCUGUGGGUGUGACUGCACGAAGUCUAUACUGGUGUCCCAAUGAUUUGAAGGAGGCAGAGAAGGAGCGGCAGAAGUCCGUGGGGGAGGGAUCCGAAUCCUCCUCGCCCGAACCUGACUCCAACUCCAAAACCCAAGCCACAAUGCAGACGUCAGAGGUUGUGAAAUUCUCGCAUGCCAAUCUCUACGAGUUGCAUCAGGAACAAAUCAAACCGGAGGCCAUUGGGGCAUGA